CGCGUAUGCUCUUAUCCAACCACAGUUGAGAGGACAGGGGAUAUCAUUCAAUCAAUCCAAUCAACACAUCAUGGAUCUGUUCGAGAAAGGAAACGUCGUGUACAUUAUGCGAAGCGAUGGCCGAAUCCAUACGGCAAUCGUGUCACGGUUCCACGAAGCCACACGCUCGGUUACGGUCGAAUGGUACGAAAGGGGCGAAUCGAAGGGCAAAGAGAUCGAGAUCGACAUGCUGCUCGAGCUGAACGAAAAACUUCAGCAUCAGCUGGAACCGUUGCGAGAAGAAAUUCCCGAGACGCAAAAGAGUACGCCCGCGCCUGCCAACCUAGCACGCCGUUCGAGUUCCAUCGAAGACGAAGAGGAUUCCCAGCCAGAACAAACGAACAAAACGCAAGCUGUAAUUCGAUCCCAAAACUUGGUGGCGCAACGUGCAGAAUCGGCCAAAGCGGGACAACCGGUAGCAGCUUCGGAACUCAAUCGACUCACCAUGGUAGGCGGUCAGCUGAACCGCCUGGAACCGUCCAGUGCCGGCCGCACAGUCAAUGCUGCACGGAUGAAUGCCAACAGCAAUCAUACUGGACGUUCUACAGUAACCACCAACAGAACAACGGAACCUGCUACGGAAACCAGAGCACAACUAAAGGCUCUGGGAAAAAUGUCUAUUGUCAACAAUGUCCAGCAGCAACAGCAGCAACAACAAGCGGCCGCAACGGCUGCUGCCCAGGUCAACGCGGGUAUAAGCAAUUCGGUCGCCGGUUCGAUACCGCGCAAAUCAUCCUGCGUCGUUACAGUCGGCAUGAUGGAGGAAAACCGGAUCAAGCAACGCGACAUGUUUAAAGUGAUGCGUGAAAAGAAAAACGCUUUGAUGAAUCAGGACGGCGGUAAUCCUAACUGGGAGUUUAUGAACAUGAUCCGAGAGUACCAGAGCACGAUCGACUUCCGGCCGCUGGUGGAAGGCCAACCUGUCGAUAUCCAUCAGAUCACGGUGUGCGUGCGAAAGCGGCCACUUAACCAGAAGGAAAUGAUGCGCAAAGAGGUAGAUGUAGUGUGCAUACCGAACAAGAAUACGUUGAUCGUGCACGAACCGAAGGCAAAGGUCGACCUCACCAAGUAUCUCGACAAUCAGAAGUUCCGGUUCGAUUACACGUUUGACGAAACGUGUUCUAAUGAGAUGGUUUACAUGUAUACUGCAAAACCGUUGGUCCAAGCCGUGUUCGAAGGAGCGAUGGCAACUUGUUUCGCCUAUGGUCAGACUGGGUCUGGUAAGACGCAUACAAUGGGAGGCACAUUUAACGGACGCUCCCAGGACAGCAAUAACGGCAUUUAUGGAUUAGCAACUAGGGAUAUUUUCGAACUACUGCAAAGCCCUAAGUAUAGGGCGAACAAUUUUGUCGUAUCGGCAAGCUUCUACGAAAUCUAUUGUGGCAAUGUUUUCGAUCUCUUGUCGAACAAAAACAAGGCACGCGUACUUGAGGAUGGCAAGAAACAGGUACAAGUUGUUGGCCUGACGGAACGGGAAGUUUACUCGGUAGAAGAGGUACAGGCCAUCAUCAGCAGUGGUACCACCUUGCGAACAUCCGGUCAAACCGCGGCCAACUCGAAUUCGUCUCGAUCACACGCCAUUUUCUCGCUCACGCUGCGCGUGAAGGGUACUACUAAGGUGCACGGCAAAUUUUCCUUUAUCGAUCUGGCGGGUAACGAGCGAGGCGCCGACACGGUGUCCGAAAAUAGGCGCACCCGUUCAGAAAGCUCCGAAAUCAACAAAUCGCUCCUAUCACUUAAGGAAUGCAUUCGGGCGCUCGGACGUAAAAAGCAUCUGCCGUACCGUGGCAGCGUCCUGACGAAGGUGCUCCGUGAUUCUUUUAUUGGCAAAAAUAUAAGAACGUGCAUGAUUGCGAUGAUUGCACCCGGGAUGACGUCGUGUGAGCACACACUCAAUACGCUUCGGUACGCGUACCGCGUGAAGGAACUAGCUGUCAUUGACCCGGACGAGCGGGUUGAUCCGGAAGAGGAUUUGAUCGAAGGCGAUGAACCGGCUAACGGCGGUGGGAACAACUUAAACGACCUAGAACAGCUUCGCUCGCUUAACGAACACGAGAUGACGAUGGAACUAUACAAUCAGCAUAAAGCCAUAUCAGAUUUGCAGCAGAAAGAAGAGGAAGUGUUGGAUAAUCAUCAGCGGGUGAACGAGUUUCUGGAAAAGUUCUUGCCAGAAGCUAAGGAACUAUACAACCUCACGAAUCUGGUGGAUUACGAUCAAGACGCCUACUGCAAACGCGGAGAGGAGCUCUUUACACAGCUUGCCGAAGUUGCCAACUCUUUCAAGGAUCUAAUGUCUGAGUUCCGUACGAAAUUGGCACAAGAGGAGAUGGUGUCACAAGCAGCUAAAUUAAGUCACCGCAAGUAAAGGCAGGCGCUCAGCGUU